AUGGGCGGGCUUCAGAUAUCCUGGGGGCAGGUUUGCGCCUGCGAUGGGACGUCCGAUGAGUGUUUGUAUGCUUCGGUGUCCCCCACAGCUUGCCGGCAUAUCGGUCCGUGUGAGAAUCGCGUCACCAAGAAGGGCGACUGGUGCGGGCCGUGUCGCGGGAAGCGGCAUGGCGGGUUACGUGAGGGAGCAUUCGGUGCGGCCCCUGGGGAGCGCGGGGAUCCCGUCGAGCGCGUUCUCAGUGGGACCGACGCGUUCGAGUCCUUGCCCCCGGGUCUCCGUGAAGAUCGAGAAGUCGUGAUGCGAGUGGUCUCUCAUCGCGGGGCUGCGCUGGCUUCCGUGGGGACGCAGUUCCAGAAUGACGUCGGCGUCGUGCGAGAGGCACUCCGGAAUGAUGGGUUUGCGUGGGCUCACGUCCCGCAGGGGCUUCGGGAGGACGAGAGCGUUCUCCAGGAGCUGCUCGGCCACAUGGAGGAGACCGGGGGCGACCAUCUGCCCGACGAAUGGGAGGUGCUUCCAGCGAACGCGAGGGUGCGCGUGCGCGACGUUGCAGCGGUCGCGAAGGCCGUCUCGAACCAGCACGAGCGCGAUCGGAAUCGCAUGAACGCGUUGCGGCACUUGUGUCCCGAGGGUAGUCUCAGGGAGGGACUCAGGAAUGCUACCGGAAAGCGGUUUGCGAUUCCGUCUGCGUCUGAGUGCAAGUCCUUGGUUGCCCUCGCCAAGAAGUAUAAACUCAAAGAGGAGUUCGUGCAUCUCAAGUGCGUGUGGUUGGUGCACGUUGCUGCGGUCAUGUCAAGGUCCUCUCCGCAGGGCUUCGAUGAUUCCGACCGGGCGGCGGCCUCGUGCGAGGCUGGAGAUCUGUUGUUGGAAUCGUUAUGCCAGCCGUGCCUGCGGCCAUCGUUCGAGCGCGGCAUCUCGAACGGUCGCAUCACGGCCUUGGGAACGUUUGGGAGGAGACGUGGCCAGUUCGCCGCGGGGUCCGUGUCUCCGGUUCCGGAUGUUGCAACGGACACCCUGGCCACGCGCGUGCUCCGUGUGUGUCGCGGUGAGUCCUUCCGAUCGUCGGAUGUUUUCGCGACUUGGGUGUUCUACGACUUGGUCUUCCGGUUCUGUGCGGACAUUGAUGGGUUUGAGGCGCUCCUGGAGGUCACUGGUGGCCUGCUGAAGGACGUCCCAGAGUGGAUUCGACGCGCCCGCAUUGUGAUCAGCGAGUGUCCGCACGCCGAGUAUUUCUGGGGGUCCGCGAACGAUGGCCGGCGGAGUUUCCCUCUGCAGAUCGUGCGUCGCCGCCUCGAUGAGCUCCAUUGGAAGCCAAUUUGGGCAGGUUCGUUGCCUUCCGACACGCCUGUGUCGCGCGUUUUGGCCUUUGUGGCCUUUCUGGGCGACUGGCACGUGGGGGCUUCGCGGAUUGCGGAGAGCGUGCUGGCGUUCAAAGCCAACAGGACGGAGUUGGCCUCGGCUGCUCAGGAGAUCGCUCUCGACUAUUGUCUUCCCGGCUUUUCCCACGCUGGAGACACGCGCAGGUUCGAGUACUACUGGCCGAAGUUUCCCUUUAGCGACCUGGUCUUGUACGCGCAGGAGUCCAUGCGCCUGUUUGCCCACGAUCGCAAGGGUCUUGGAGGUCGUCUGCAUUUGCCGCAAAGGAAUGUGGAGGCUCUGGCGGCCGUGACCUUCAAUGGGCGUGGCGGCCGUCUGCCUUUGCUUGCUUUCGACAUGGAGCCCUCGUGUGCAAUGUUCAAGAAGCUGCGCGAUCUUGACAAGGAUCUGUUGGUGUCUCGCGACCUGCCCAUCAGGGGGCUGUGGCAGCGGGGCGGCUGCGUGGACCCCGAGCAUCUGACGGCGUAUGAUCCGCAGGUGGUCAAUUGCAUGCUGUGGAAGCAUGACGUCUGCGUUCUGUCGCCACCGAAUCAGCGGUUCGUUGGCGUGUCGCUGCAGUUGGACAG